AUGGAGGAGGAGGAGGAGGUGGAGGAGGAGGAGAUGGAGGAGGAGGAGGAGAUGGAGGAGGAGGUGGAGGAGAUGGAGGAGGAGGAGGAGGUGGAGGAGGAGGAGGAGGAGGAGAUGGAGGAGGAGAUAGAGGAGGAGGUGGAGGAGGAGGAGGAGGAGGAGGAGAUGGAGGAGGAGGAGGAGGAGAUGGAGGAGGAGGAGGAGGAGAUGGAGGAGGAGGUGAGACCCUACGGCUCGGUGCUGACCUCGGAGCUGGGCCGGCGCUUCGGGAGCGGAGCGGGAAGCACCGAGGCUGAGCCAGAAAAGAACAAAGCCUGA